AUGGGAGGAAACCCCUUGAGGCGCAAUCAAAGCCUUCAUUGCCAAUACCACCAAGAACGGGGAUAUACCACCGAGGACUGCAGAACUCUGUGGUACCAUCUGGAGCAAUUGGUCAAAGAGGGAAUGUUACAGCAGUUUUUGUAUCGACCAAACAGGCAAGGAGACCAAUCAAGGUCAGGGACUCAGGGGAACACUUCUUCAAGGCCCCCGUUGGGCACAAUUAAUGUUAUCUUUACUGCACCUGGGAAGACUGGUUCUCAUCCUUCCAGGGUGAUGUCCGUAGCUCGGCUAUCAGCCAAGGAAUCCAAUUCUGAGCCAAAGAGGGCUAGAGUAGGGAUCCGACGGACACUGAGUUUUUCGGACGAGGACAAGAUAGGAACCAUCCAGCCCUAUGAUGAUGCCUUUGUAGUCACCCUCAGAAUAGGAAGAUAUGAUGUGAAGAGGGUAAUGGUGGACUAG